AUUUUGUUAUUGUUAGCUAAGCAAAAAGCGGCUGCUUCAUGGCUUUACCUUCCGUUGAGGACUCAGAUUCCAUUAUCAACUCUUCCCUUUACACGUUCCAUUAAUUUUAUGCUGACAUUCAUCUCCUCAAAUUCCUCACCUGCCCGUUCAUUUUGGGAUUGUAUCUCUCAAUCAACCACAUUCCUUUCCCCCUCUCAAUCAUCUUAUUUUAACACUUCAAUUAUGAGAAUUUUUAGUCUGAGAGAUCAGUGUGUAAAUGGCAUUGGUAAGAGAAAGAAGACACCAACAAGCUCUUAGAGUAUCCCUCCCGUCACCCAAUUACUUCUCCCAGUACCAUUACCACUUGCCGCCGGAAACUGCGAGCCCCAACUCCCCGGACGUUGAAAGCCUUGCAGACUUGAAGAAACUCUCGGUUCUUGGCCACGGCAAUGGUGCCACUGUCUACAAAGUUCGUAACCAAAAAAGCAGCUCUAUCUAUGCCUUGAAGGUUCUCCGUUUUGAUCAAAAUGCCGUCUCCAUUUGCCACCAGGCUGCCCGCGAGGCAGGGAUUCUCAAACGGGUGGACUCCGAGUUCAUUGUCAAAUGCCAUGCAGUGUUUUACACCAUUGAAGGAGAGAUUUGCUUUGUGAUGGAACACAUGGAGGGAGGAUCAUUAUCCGACGCUCUGCAUGUGCGCGAGACAUUGUCAGAAGAUGUUAUUGCCAGAGUUGCUUAUCGCAUGCUGAAAGGGUUGCAGUAUUUGCAUGGACUGCGGAUAGUUCAUGGUGAUAUAAAGCCAUCAAAUCUUCUGAUAAAUGGAAAAGGGGAGGUGAAGAUAGCAGAUUUUGGAGUGAGUAGGAUCAUCGGCACUGGAACUGGCACUGGCAUGCGCAAUGGAAUGGAUUCAAACGAUGGAACUUGUGCUUACAUGAGUCCUGAAAGGGUUGAUCCUGAGAGGUGGGGUGGGGAUAAUAAUGCAGAUGGAUUUGCAGGCGAUGUUUGGUCACUUGGGGUGGUGGUGUUGGAGUGUUUAGUUGGUCAUUAUCCGUUGAUUGGGAUGGGGGAGAAGCCAGAUUGGGCAGCGUUGAUAUGUGCAAUAUGCCUGGGGGAGAGGCUGGAGAUGCCGGAGGGAGCUUCCAUGGAGUUUCGGAGCUUUGUGAGGUGUUGUUUGGAGAAGGAUUGGAAGAAAAGAGGGACUGUAGAGCAGCUUCUUGCUCAUCCUUUUGUGAAUAAGAUCAGUCCUGAGAGUUCUAGUCCUUGA